GUAGGUUCAUUCUCCCGCAAGCUUCUCCCCAAAAUUCAAAUCACCCGCCCACGCUUUCAUUCAAAACUUCCUGUGAAAUUCUCAUCGCCCUAUAAAUUUCAAAGCAACCCCUCGAUUCUCUACACACCCAUUUCUGCUUUUAUAUUCUUAUUUCCCUCUCAAUCUUCAAAUUUCAAUUGCUAGUGCUGAUUUUGCAAUUGGGAUUUUUGCAGUAGAGCUUCCAAUCUUCGAUUCAAUUUACCUUCUGUGAAUCCAAAAUGCCUUCAAUGCCGGAAGAGCCCUUGUUGGCUCCAAACCCAGAUCGGUUCUGCAUGUUCCCGAUUCAGUACCCGCAGAUUUGGGAAAUGUACAAGAAGGCUGAGGCCUCGUUCUGGACCGCCGAGGAGGUCGAUCUCUCCCAGGACCUCCGCCAUUGGGAGGCACUCACCGGGGACGAAAGGCACUUCAUCAGUCACGUCCUCGCCUUCUUCGCUGCCUCCGACGGUAUCGUCCUCGAGAACCUCGCCGGAAGGUUCAUGAAGGAGGUCCAGGUCGCCGAGGCCCGCGCCUUCUACGGCUUUCAGAUCGCCAUUGAGAACAUCCACUCCGAGAUGUACAGCCUCCUCCUCGAAUCCUACAUCAGGGAUCCAAACGAAAAGAACAAGCUCUUCCACGCAAUCGAUACCGUCCCCUGCGUCGCCAAGAAGGCCGAUUGGGCCCUCCGGUGGAUAGACAGCUCGGAAUCGUUCGCUGAGCGUAUCCUCGCCUUCGCCUGCGUCGAGGGUAUCUUCUUUUCCGGCAGCUUCUGCGCCAUAUUUUGGCUGAAGAAGCGCGGGUUGAUGCCAGGGUUGACUUUCUCGAACGAGCUAAUCUCCCGUGACGAAGGCUUACACUGCGAUUUCGCGUGUUUGCUGUACGGGUUACUGAGGUCGAAGUUGAGUGAGAAGCGAGUCAAGGGAAUCGUCGCCGAUGCAGUGAACAUAGAGCGGGAGUUCGUGUGCGACGCGUUACCUUGCGCCCUCGUGGGGAUGAACGGCGAUCUGAUGAGCCAAUACAUCGAGUUUGUGGCUGAUCGGCUUCUGGGUGCAUUGGGAUACAGCAAAAUCUACAACGUCCCAAACCCGUUUGAUUGGAUGGAGCUGAUCUCCCUGCAAGGAAAGACCAAUUUUUUCGAGAAGAGGGUCGGGGAGUACCAGAAGGCUUCGGUGAUGUCGAGCUUGAACGGGAAUGGAGGAACACAUGUGUUCAAAAUGGACGAAGAUUUCUGAUUUUCUGAUUUUCUGAUUUAGGAUACUGUCUGUUUGUAAAAUUUAUUUUUUUCUUAUUCCUACUUCACUACCUUCACAUGUCAUGUUAUUUGUUUGUCCUGUUCAUUUUCUCCCUGGAGAAAUGAUAUAUAAAUAUAAGUAAUCUUGUUCUCCCU